AUGAAUAUUGUCAACAACAUUAAGAGUACUACUCCACAAACAGAAAGUGCCAGGGAAUACUUGACGUUUGUGGAAGAACGUUUUCGUUCUGCAGAUAAGUCUCUCGAUGGUACACUAAUGGCUGAACUCACGACCAUGAAGUUUGAUGGGCCGCGUAGUAUGCAAAACCAUAUCAUCGAGAUGACUAACAUUGCAGCAAGGCUUCAAACCUUGGGGAUGAAAGUGGAUGACUCCUUCUUGGUUCAGUUUAUUCUGAACUCAUUACCUCCUGAGUAUGAACUUUUUCAAAUUAACUAUAACACUAUUAAGGAUAAGUGGAAUGUUAGUGAAUUGUCCAGUAUGCUUACUCAGGAGGAGUCAAGACUUAAGAAACAAGGGAAUCAUUCAAUUAACCUCAUGGGUCAAGGAGCUGGUAAAGGACUUAAAGUGAAGGCCAACAAGUUCAAGAAGAAGAAAGCACCUGCUAAAGCUCAACAGGAUGCUAACAAGGAACAUAAGGCAGAUACGUGUCGUUUCUGUAACAAGGAAGGACACUAUCAAAAAGAUUGCCUGAAACGUAAAGCUUGGUUCGAAAAGAAAGGUACAAUUAGUGCUUUUGUAUGUUUCGAAUCAAAUUUAGUAGAAGUUCCUAAUAAUACUUGGUGGCUUGAUUCUGGUGCAACUGCUCAUGUAUCUACUACGUUGCAGGGAUUCCUUACGAUCCAAACUACAAAUCCAAAUAAGGAUUUCUUGUUCAUGGGAAAUCGUAUGAAGGCUCCAAUUGAAGGCAUAGGGACUUAUCGUUUGAUCAUGGAGACUGGACGUCACCUUGAUCUAUUACAGACUCUUUAU